AUGGAGAUAGUGAGAGUUAGUAGUUUUUAAUUAAUCGUGGCGGAACUGGUGAGCUCGAUGGCGCGAGGAAAUUGCCACGUUUCAAGGAUCAGUUUUGUGCGUUCGAUCGUUUGAAAUUGAUCGUGGUGAAAUUAUUCGUUGCAAAGAUGCAGAAGAUCCAACGUAUCGGGAAAUAAAUGUUUGAAGCUUCUUGAAUGCUUCAGAAUGCCAUCCGAUGAACAGAGAAACUCUCAGGUAUCAGAACGAAGAAGUAUCGAGUAAGGAGAGCUUUAUAAAAAGCUUCACUUGGAGAAGAGUAGUAGCAAAGGAUUGGGAACACGUCGGGAUGCAACUUUCGUUGCCAGUGAGGCAUAUUUUAACGAUUCGCACGAUGUCAGAGAUUUCAACGUUAAAUGUGUUGAAGCAGCCUGGUCGUGUCUGUUCCAGGUGGUUUCGCCGUAGGCAGCCGCGAGAGAUGUGGUCGCGCACGCGAUUCUUGCUGCUGGCGUGGACGAUCGUGUUGUUGGCUGGUGCACGGCUGAGCAACGGAUCGCAGAGGCCGCGUCUCGGCGGCGCCGUCAACAUCUUCAGCCGUUACGGCUACCUCAGCAUCAGCAUGAGAGUGGUCCCCAGAAACGACACGGACACGUGGAUCUUCCGAGAGCCGACGUUAGACGUUUUCAGGAAUCCGACACCCGUGGUCGUUAAACAACGGCAACAGGCGGCCGUGUUCGACGGGGACUUCCACAUGGAGUUCUGCGACAACGUCCGCCAACUUUUGCAAGCCUAUUUCCGGGACUUCACGUUCGAGCGGCUGGAGAGACCGUGGCGAGCUUUCAGCGCCAGCUGGUCCAAAGCGGCCAUUGCUCGUCAUUUGGGCAUCAACUCGUCGUUCAUCACCGGUGAACAUUGUUACGUGCUGGUGCGCGUCGCCAGGUUCCGCGAGAAUCAGAAACUGGCCAGCACCGCGGAUUCGAUGAUUCUGGACGAGGCCGUGCUCCGGGAAACGGAGAACGUCACGGUUGGAGAUACCGCCAGCGUGGUUCGAUUCAUCAAACACUUCGGAUCGCACUACAUCGCUGCUUAUGUCACUGGCAACUCUUUGUAUCAGGUGUUCGUGUACACGCAACAAGCAUACCUGCGCAUCAAAGAGCGGCUGAAGACCCGCGGCGUGGCCGAUUUAUCGAACAUCGAGUUGAGCAACUAUUUCUCACCGUGGUACGCGGAGCACAUGGGCUCGAUACAAGCAGCAAGCGGAAAUCGCACCGUCGAGGCCUGGGCGGUGGAACGGCUUCGAAACCAAUACUACAUUUUCUCGUACGCCAGCUUGCUGAAAUUACACGGUGACGGGAUGCUGCUGAAGCAACUGGACAAUUUAUUGGAGAACGAGGCGUUGUUACAGCUUCAGCUGAAGACGCUCGCGCCGAUCUUCAAAGAUCGUCAACGGCGCGAGUGGUUCCUCGAGGUGAUCGACAAUUACUUUAAGUUAUGGGAGGUGAACAUGUGA